AAGCGAGCGUGCGUGCGUACGUGCGCGCGGCGGCCCUGAAAGCGGCGCUGGGAGCCUGAGGCGGCUCCGGCUGAGGCGGCUCCUCCGGCGGCGGCGCUCCCCGCCCCCGAGUCCCCGCUGCCCGCCUCUCCUCCCGGUCCGCCGGCGCAGGCCGCUCCCCGGGAACCGAAGAUGCCGGCCGUGUCCAAGGGGGACGGGAUGCGGGGCCUGGCCGUCUUCAUCUCCGACAUCCGCAACUGCAAAAGUAAAGAAGCAGAAAUAAAGAGAAUAAACAAGGAGCUGGCAAACAUCAGAUCAAAAUUUAAAGGUGACAAGGCUCUUGACGGCUACAGUAAAAAGAAAUAUGUCUGCAAGUUGCUCUUCAUCUUUCUCCUGGGCCACGACAUUGACUUUGGGCACAUGGAGGCGGUGAACCUGCUGAGCUCCAACAGAUACACGGAGAAGCAGAUUGGGUACCUGUUCAUCUCCGUGCUGGUGAACUCCAACAGUGAGCUGAUCCGGCUCAUCAACAACGCCAUCAAGAACGACCUGGCCAGCCGCAACCCCACCUUCAUGGGCCUGGCCCUGCACUGCAUCGCCAACGUGGGCAGUCGGGAGAUGGCCGAGGCCUUCGCUGGGGAGAUCCCCAAAGUCCUGGUAGCUGGCGACACCAUGGACAGUGUGAAGCAGAGCGCCGCCCUGUGUCUGCUGCGUCUGUACCGGACGUCUCCUGAUCUCGUCCCCAUGGGUGACUGGACGUCCCGUGUGGUGCACCUCCUCAAUGACCAGCACUUGGGUGUGGUGACUGCUGCCACCAGUCUCAUCACCACCUUGGCACAGAAGAACCCAGAAGAGUUUAAAACCUCCGUCUCUCUGGCCGUCUCCAGAUUAAGCAGAAUUGUGACGUCUGCGUCCACAGACCUGCAGGAUUACACUUACUAUUUUGUUCCGGCUCCCUGGCUGUCAGUCAAACUUCUGCGGUUGCUACAGUGCUACCCACCCCCAGAAGACCCUGCCGUGCGAGGCCGCCUGACCGAGUGCCUGGAGACGAUUCUGAACAAGGCCCAGGAGCCGCCGAAGUCCAAGAAGGUGCAGCAUUCCAACGCCAAGAACGCCGUGCUCUUUGAGGCAAUCAGCCUCAUCAUUCACCACGACAGUGAGCCAAACCUGCUUGUCCGCGCCUGUAACCAGCUGGGCCAGUUCCUGCAGCACCGGGAGACCAACCUGCGCUACCUGGCCCUGGAGAGCAUGUGCACACUGGCGAGCUCCGAGUUCUCCCACGAGGCCGUGAAGACGCACAUCGAGACGGUCAUCAACGCUCUGAAGACGGAGAGGGACGUGAGUGUGCGUCAGCGGGCCGUGGACCUCCUAUACGCCAUGUGUGACCGCAGCAACGCCCAGCAGAUCGUGGCCGAGAUGCUCAGCUACUUGGAGACAGCAGACUACUCCAUCCGAGAAGAGAUUGUGCUGAAGGUGGCCAUCUUGGCGGAGAAGUACGCCGUGGACUACACAUGGUACGUGGACACCAUCCUAAACCUGAUCCGCAUUGCCGGCGACUACGUGAGCGAAGAGGUGUGGUACCGUGUCAUUCAGAUAGUCAUCAACCGGGACGACGUGCAGGGCUACGCUGCCAAGACGGUGUUCGAGGCGCUGCAGGCCCCUGCGUGCCAUGAGAACCUGGUCAAAGUGGGCGGCUACAUCCUGGGGGAGUUCGGGAACCUGAUAGCUGGGGACCCAAGAUCCAGCCCCCUGAUCCAGUUCAGCCUGCUGCACUCCAAGUUCCACCUGUGCAGCGUGCCCACCAGGGCGCUGCUCCUGUCCACCUACAUCAAGUUCGUGAACCUGUUUCCGGAGGUGAAGGCCACCAUCCAGGACGUGCUGCGCAGCGACAGCCAGCUGAGGAACGCAGACGUGGAGCUGCAGCAGCGGGCCGUGGAGUACCUGCGGCUCAGCACGGUCGCCAGCACCGACAUCCUGGCCACUGUCCUGGAGGAGAUGCCCCCGUUCCCCGAACGCGAGUCGUCCAUCCUGGCCAAGCUCAAGAAGAAGAAGGGCCCGAGCACGGUGACAGGCCUGGAGGACAGCAAGCGGGAGCGGGGUGCCGACAUCAAUGGGGGCCCCGAGCCCACACCAGCCAGUGCCGCGUCCACUCCUUCUCCGUCGGCAGACCUCCUGGGUCUGGGCGCUGCGCCACCAGCUCCCGUGGGCCCCCCAGCCUCCUCCGGCGGGCUGCUUGUGGACGUGUUCUCAGACUCACCCUCUGCAGUCGCACCUCUCGCUCCCGGCUCUGAGGACAACUUUGCCAGGUUUGUCUGUAAAAAUAACGGUGUGUUAUUUGAAAACCAGUUGCUUCAGAUUGGACUUAAGUCUGAAUUUCGGCAGAAUUUAGGUCGGAUGUUUAUAUUUUACGGUAAUAAGACCUCCACACAGUUCUUAAAUUUCACUCCAACACUAAUCUGUUCAGACGACCUUCAGGCUACUCUGAGCCUGCAGACCAAGCCCGUGGACCCGACGGUGGACGGGGGCGCCCAGGUGCGGCAGGCGGUGAACAUAGAGUGCGUGUCGGACUUCACGGAGGCACCCGUCCUCAAUAUCCAGUUCAGGUAUGGGGGCACCUUUCAGAACGUGUCUGUCAAGCUGCCCAUCACACUCAACAAGUUUUUCCAGCCCACCGAGAUGGCUUCUCAGGAUUUCUUUCAGCGUUGGAAGCAGCUGAGCAAUCCCCAACAAGAAGUCCAGAACAUUUUCAAGGCAAAGCAUCCAAUGGACACAGAAAUCACGAAAGCCAAGAUCAUUGGAUUUGGUUCUGCGCUCCUUGAGGAAGUCGAUCCUAAUCCUGCGAAUUUUGUGGGCGCCGGUAUCAUCCACACCAAAAGCACCCAGAUCGGGUGCUUACUGCGUCUGGAGCCCAACCUGCAAGCCCAGAUGUACCGGCUCACACUGCGGACGAGCAAGGAGACCGUCUCCCAGAGACUGUGUGAAUUGCUGUCGGAUCAGUUCUAACUGACGCGGGCGGAGGCCCAGGCCCAUGUGCCUGCCUCCCUCGUCACCUGUCCUCACAGCCGUGCUGCACGUGAAUCCCCCGUCGUCCUCGGUCGCAGUGCCGGCGGCCCCUUCUGGGCGUGGAUGGGGUACAAGUGAGCAGUUACGAAGAAAAGGCUAAGCCCGGACGGCAGCCUUCUGCCAAGGCGGGAGGACGCGUGUCUCCUCGGAUCAGUUUUUAUAGAAAUCAAGACAGCUCUGUGGUUAAGUCUACAAAUUAAAGGGAAAUUAGAAGUUGAA